AUGGGAAUCUUUGAGGAAAUGGGAUUUUGCAGCAAUCUGGACUUUUUCUCAGCUCCUCCUGGAGAAAUGGAUGUGGUUCCAGAACGUGAACCAGAGGCAACAAUCGAGGAGGAUUACAGCGACGAAGAGAUGGAUGUUGAUGAGCUUGAGAGGAGGAUGUGGAGAGACAGAAUGUUGCUUAGGCGACUUAAAGAGCAGAGUAAGAAUAAGGAAGUUGUUGAUAAUGCAAAACAACGUCAGUCUCAGGAGCAAGCACGGAGGAAGAAGAUGUCACGAGCACAAGACGGUAUCCUGAAAUAUAUGCUGAAAAUGAUGGAAGUUUGCAAAGCUCAGGGUUUUGUGUAUGGGAUCAUUCCUGAGAAGGGAAAGCCAGUGAGUGGAGCAUCUGACAAUCUCCGGGGAUGGUGGAAGGAAAAGGUCAGGUUUGAUCGGAAUGGGCCUGCUGCUAUUUCCAAGUAUCAGGCAGACCAUUUAAUCCCUGGAAAGAGUGAAGAUAGUGGUCCAGCAGCAUCCACACCUCACACCUUGCAGGAACUCCAGGAUACAACUCUUGGAUCUCUUCUGUCGGCCCUGAUGCAGCACUGUGAUCCACCUCAGAGGCGUUUUCCACUGGAGAAAGGUGUUGCCCCCCAUGGUGGCCGGCAGGGAAUGAGGAAUGGUGGCCUCAACUGGGGUCCUCCUCCAUACAAGAAGCCCCAUGAUCUGAAGAAGGCUUGGAAAGUCAGUGUUCUAACAGCAGUGAUUAAGCACAUGUCUCCUGAUAUUGCCAAGAUCCGCAAGCUUGUUCGUCAGUCUAAAUGUUUACAGGAUAAGAUGACUGCCAAGGAGAGUGCCACUUGGCUGGCAAUAAUUAAUCAGGAAGAAGCACUGUCCCGGAAAUUAUAUCCAGAUAGCUGCCCUCCUUUGUCUGCUGGUGGAAGUGGUUCUUUUAUCAUCAGCGAUUCCAGUGAUUAUGAUGUUGAAGGAGUGGAUGAUGAAUCCAAUGUUGAAGUGGAGGAUUGCAAGCCUCUUGAUGUCAAUCUUUUCAACAUGGCAACCGCAACUGGACCAAAUAGAUUUAUGAUGCCUCCAGUCGCUCCACAAAUUAAGGGAGAGCUUGUUGAAACAAACUUGGAUUUCAUUCAGAAAAGGAAGCAGCCUGCUGGUGAGCCACAUAUGAUAGUUGAUCAAAAGAUGUAUAGGUGUGAGUAUCCUCAAUGCCCCUACAACGAUUCCCAACUUGGGUUUCUCGACAUUACUGCGAGAAACAAUCAUCAAAUGAAUUGCCCAUACCGUGCUAACGCUUCUCAAGGAUUCAGAAUGUCUAAGUUCCAAAUUAACAAUGACAAACCAGCUGUGUUCUCUCUUCCUUUUCCCCAAACUAAGCCAGCAGCUCCAUCACAAAACCAGACUCCUUCAUUUAGUGUUUCAGGACUUGGACUUACAGAAGAUGGGCAAAAAAUGAUUUCUGAUCUUAUGUCUUGUUAUGAUACCAAUCUUCAGCGAGACAAGAACAUGAAUCCUGGGACCGCCAAUGUUAUUGGAGAUCAAAAUCAGCAACAACUGCAAGAGCAGAAAUUUCAAAUUCAGCUGGAUCCGAGGAAUGUCAAUUUUAUGGGAGACCAAAAUCAGCAACAGCAACAACAACAGCAGAAAUUUCAAUUUCAGCUGGAUCCCAGGAAUGCUAAUGUUAUUGGUGGUCAAAAUCAACACCAACAGCAACAGCAAAAAUUUCAAUUUCAGCUGGAUGAUGGCUUCUAUGGCCAAGAGGCUGUGAUGGGAAACAACAUAACCGAAGCAACCAGUAUGCCAGUGAACAACUCCGUUUUCCCAUCAACAGAAAUUCAGUUUGAUCACUGCAAGGCAUUUGAUUCUGCAUUUGAUACCAAUGUCAACGACAAUGUUGCUGACUUCAGGUUUGGCUCUCCAUUCACCAUGCCACCAGUUGACUAUUCCAUGGAUCCAAUGUCAAAGCAGGAUGGUGGGAUGUGGUACGUGUAA